UUAUUUUUACUGAACAGCACAGUUACGUCGGCACCCAGUUGACAUUGCUAAUAUCUGCAUUUUGUUUUCCUAAAUGCUAUGAACUGACGUUUCGCUAAUUUAGCUAAGCUAGCUUGAAACAUGCCGAAUUUUUGCGCGGCUCCAAACUGCACACGGAAGAGCACUCAGUCCGAUUUGGCCUUUUUUAGGUUUCCAAGGGAUCCUGAGCGAUGCCGAAUCUGGGUUGAGAACUGUCGCAGGGCAGAUCUAGAGGCCAAAACAGCGGAUCAACUAAACAAGCACUACAGAUUAUGUGCCAAACACUUUGAUCCAGCCAUGGUGUGCAAAACGAGCCCGUACAGGACCGUUUUGAAGGAUACAGCUAUUCCAACUAUAUUUGAUUUGACAAGCCACCUAAAAAAUCCUCACACCAGGCAUCGCAAGAGGAUUAAAGAACUUACUGACGAAGACAUAAAGAAAAUUAAAGAACGGAGAUUGGCGUCUUCCAUUGAUCAGCUCAUGUCAAAAAAAGAUGCCGCAGCCAAAGAGGACAAACCCAGCGAGGAUGAACCUCAAAUGUCCACGGAGGAGAAGGAGCUUCGUGAAUAUCUCAGAUCCACAUUUGAGGUCGUGCUUAUGCUAGCUAAACAGAACAUCCCAUUGGCAACUGGCGAAGACCAAUCCAACAACUUCCAGGCCCUUCUGGAGUACCGCAUUAAUGCUGGAGAUGAAGCUUUGAGGAAGCGGUUUGAGGCAACAGCUGUCAACACGGAGUAUCUCACUGCAGCUCAGCAACACCAGCUGCUGGAUAUUUGUGAGAACACCGUUAGGGAGGAGAUGCUAAUGGAGGUGAGAGAGAACCGUUUUUUCUCCCUCAUCACAGGUGACUUUGUUGAAUUUGGAGGUCUGAAACACUUGCCCCUGUUUCUGCGCUAUGUGAAUCAGCAGAACUUCCUCAAAGAGGAGUUUCUGGACUUUUUGCCGUUUGAUGGCGAUGAGUGUUCUCUGGUGGAGAAACUGGAGGCCCACCUAACCGAACGUUGGGGGCUUAGCAUGGAGGACUGCCGUGGUCAGGGGCACAAGGCCACUGGUUCUUUUACCACAAAGAUGAAGGCGGUGGCCUUGAUGCUGAUGGAGAAGUAUCCCCUGGCCUUGCACAUGCCUUGCUCCACUACUGCCCUGAACAUUCACCUGGCCAACAAUCUACCUUUCCCCAAUGUGCAGAUUGUUAUGGAGACUUUGAGGAGGAUCCAUGUUUUCUUGUCAAACCCGCUCACGCAAGAUGAAUUUGAGAAAUCGAUCUCUUCUCACUACAAGGAAAAUCCAGAAAGAGGAGCUGCGCUGAAGCAGGCCUGUGUUCCCGGAUGGACGGAGCAGCACGCCGUCUUUGACUUACUGCUCGAUGUGCUGGCCCCUCUCGUGCUGUGCAUGGACGCUGUCCACCAAAAUGGAACAUUUACUAGUGGUGUUAGGGAAGAUGUUUAUUCCAUCUCAGAAACUCUGGCCGAUUUCGAGACUGUUGCCACCAUCGUCAUUUUGAAGAAUGUGCUCAUAUUCACCAGAGCAUUUGGCAGGAAUCUCCAAAAAGAUACGAUUGACGUGUUUUGUGCUGCCACCAGUCUGACCGCUGUGGUUCAUUCACUGAACGAAGUCAAUGACAACAUUGAUGUCUACCAUGAGUACUGGUUCGAAGAGGCGGUGAACAUGGCCUCUGUGAUGGAGAUUCCUGUGAAGCUGCCCAGGCUGUAUCUUCGGAAACAGCAAGCAGCUGAAGUGGGUGAAAUCCAAGCAGAGGCCUAUCUGAAGGAGUACGUGACUGUCCCCAUCGUUAGUGGUGUCAUGCAGGAGGUGGAGGACAUGUUCUCCGAAACCAGCAUCAAUGCCUUGAAAAGCCUGUCACUGGUCCCAGCUGUGAUGGGCCACGUGAAGUUCAACACCUCCGAAGAGAGCCACACAGAGGUUUACCAAAGUGACCUCCCUAGCGCCGAUACGCUGUCUGCAGAACUUCACUGCUGGAGAAUCAAGUGGAAGCACAGGGGCAAAGAGGUGCGUCUACCUACCAGCAUCCACGAAACCUUACAGCUUCCCGAUGUUAAAUUCUUCCCCAACGUGAACGCCUUCCUCAGGGUCCUGUCCACGUUACCACUGCUGAAAAUCGAGGGUGACAACACCAACACAGCGAGCAAUCGGCUGCAGGCCUAUCUCAGCACCGUGCCUCCUAAGCAGUGGGACAAAUGUCUCGCCAUGCUUAGCGUCAAUGCUCACGUCAAACACGACCUGGACAUCAUGGUGGACAAAUACUGUAGACUGUACCCAGAGGAUGAUCCUGAAGCUGAGGCGGAGUCUGAGGAAGCAGCUGAGGAUGAUGUUGAGAAAAAAUGAUACAACAGACCCAUGGUUGGUUGUUCUGGCCAUAAAACUGAAUUACAAACGUAUGUGUAGAAGAAAUAUGAAUGCUUUGAUUUUUGGGGCUUACAGGGAUGUGGUAUCACGUUUGUCCAGUCAGGUAGUCCAGACAUGAGGAUAAAAAGUUUUCAUGCUGGUGAGAAAUUUAAAGUAUGUUCAUUUAUGCACUCCAUAAUCGGGUGGGGAUCCUAAUGUAUGAAUUACUGCGUCAGCGUGGCGUAGCGUGGAGGCCAUCAGCCUGGAAGCCCAGGGUGCUUUGGUGGCAGCUUUCAGCAAGUCUGUUCUCUGUGGAGGUCAUGUCAGGUGAGUUGUCUGAUCAGUCCAGUACAGUAAUACCAGGGUCAGCAAACCAGUUACUAGCAGUUUUGGCUCUGUGGGUAAAUGACAAGUCUUGGAAAAGGAAAUCAGGAUCAACAUAAUACUUGUGAGCUGGUGGAAGCGUGAAAUACUCUAUUAUCUGGUAGACCUUUGUGUUGACUUUGGACUUGAUAAAACACAGUGGACCAACACAAGCACAUUAUGUGGCACCCUGAUGUCAUCACGCUGGACUUCAAGUGACUUGGAUUCUGUACGUCUCCACUCUUCCUCCAGAUGCCGGAUUGUGAUUUCCAAAUGAAAUCAAACAUUACGGCGCUCCAGUUCUUUUGCUCCUGAGUGCCGGUAAGAUGCUUCCGACUGUCUCUGGUUCAGGAGUGCCUUGACAGUGGGAACAAGUCAGGAAAAAGAAUGUUAAAUUCAUUCUUUUCCCUGAUUGUAUGCAGUAGUUACUGUGUAUAUCCAGAUAUUGCAACCUCAAUUCACAAAACUGCAGUAGGAAAAUACAGAAUUUGGACAUAAAAUACCAACUAUUAAGUGUUGCAGGGUUUUGCGUUUAACUUUGCAUCUGUUUCAGUUUUGUAUGAAUUUAUUUUUGUAUUUUCUAGAAAUGUAUUACAGCACAAUCUGAAUAGAAAACAAUGUAUAUAGAUUAGUACCCAUUUCUCAUAUGAUCAGUUAAACAUAAUUUUGUUUCAGUUGUGUAGCUGUCUUUUUAGCUGUUUUUGUAGAUUGUUCGUUUUUUAUUAUUGUCUUCCCUUAUUGCAUCAUUUAAAUAAUGGCUUUUCUAUAUUAAAUGUUCUGAAGGUU